GGAAAAUCUUAAAAAGCGAAAAGAAAAACAAAAAAAAGCCAACUUAACAAGUUUCCAGUGCACAUCGAACCCAUCUCUGAGGAAAGACUAGCCAAAUUCCCCGAGGUUUCUCUCUAGAUGCAGUAAAUGGUGGUGAAGAUGAUGAAGUGGCGUCCAUGGCCGCCGUUAAUUUCCAAAAAAAUCGAUGUGAGGCUUGUCAUUCGGAGACUCGAGAAUCUGGGCGUUGGAGAACCGUGGUCGGGUGAAGUUGCCACAUUGUCGGGCGGCGCUUCCGUUGAGAUCGGAUGGAAGGGCCCACCCAAGGCGGCGUUGAGGUCCUUCAGAAGAACAGUGAAGAGGAACUGCACCAAAGAAGCAGGGGUCAAGAAUGGACAAGAUGGCGCCUUUCUUGUGGAGUGGGAUGACGAGUUUCAAAACGUGUGCAAUCUGUCUGGGUUGAGGGAUAACGCGUUUCAUCCUUGGGAGAUCAGCUUCACUGUGUUUUUCAAUGAGUCAAAUCAAGGUUCUAAGAAUAAGCUUCAUACUGUUGGAACAGCAGUCCUAAACCUUGCUGAAUUUGCUGCCAAGACAGAGGAGGGAAAAGAGUUCAACUUGAAAAUCCCACUAGCAAUUUCUGGGAAUGCAUCUGAGGCUCGUCCUAUUCUUUGUAUAUCUCUAAGUGUAUUGGAACUGAUAACUCCACAAGAGCCUACUGAAUUGGUGGAGAAGCCCAUAACAUCACCUCCUCAGCCACCUGGAGAAACACCAUCAUCAUCAUCAGUAGAGAAAGAUGAGCUUUCUGCCCUUAAGGCUGGUCUUAGAAAAGUAAAGAUCCUCACUGAUUACGUGUCCGUGAGGAGAGCAAAAAAACCAUGUCGGGAGGAAGAUAUCAGUGACUGCAGAUCAGAUCACGCAUACCCUUCUAUUGACUCUGAGUCACUUGAUGGGUUCGAGGAAGGGGAAGAAUCAGAUGAAAGAAAGGGACAAGAAGAUUCUCCUGUUAGGAAUUCAUUUAGUUAUGGCACAUUGCCCUAUGCCAAUUAUGCAGUAUCAUCAACACGGAUUGACGGUGAGGACGAGGGUUGGAUUUACUACAGCAAUAGCAGAUCAGACGUUGGGUGGUCGGCGAAUGUGGACUGUUGGAUCUCACAAGCUUCCGAGCCAGUGGUUUUGCAACAACGUGGCAUUAGUAUUCUUCCUUGGAGGAAGAGAAAGGAGAGGUUCAGAUCUCCUAAGGGGGAGCCGUUGUUGAGGAAGGAAUGUUGGGAAGAAGGUGGGGAUGACAUUGACUAUGACCGUCGCCAGCUCAGCUCUGAUGAAUCUGUUUCCUUUGGGUGGCACAGAACAGAGGAAGAAGAAAUAGGUGGACCCCGACCUUCGAUAUCAGGAUUCUGCGAUGACAAUUUUGCUGUUGGAACUUGGGAACAAAAACAAGUAAUGAGUCGGGACGGGCACGCGAUGCUUCAAACCCAAAUCUUCUUUGCUUCAAUUGACCAAAGAAGCGAGCAGGCUUCCGGGGAAAGCGCAUGCACAUCUCUCGUCACAGUUAUUGCUGAUUGGUUGCACACAAACCGUGACCUCAUGCCGGUAAAGUCACAGUUUGACAGCUUGAUCAGAGAGGGCUCUUCUGAAUGGAGGACUCUCUGUCAGGACGAAGAAACCUACCUGGAAAGUUUCCCGGAUAAGCACUUUGACCUUGACACUGUCCUGCGAGCAGCCAAAACCCGUUGCUUUUCUGUCAUUCCAGAAAAAUCAUUUGUCGGUUUUUUCAACCCAGACAUGAUGGACGACAAGGGUAGUUUCGACUUUUUGCAGGGUGCACUGUCUUUCGACAACAUCUGGGACGAGAUUAGUUGCGAUAAUAAAACGGUGGAAACCCAAGUUUAUAUUGUUAGUUGGAAUGACCACUUUUUCGUCUUAAAAGCAGAACCCGAAGCUUAUUACAUAAUUGAUACAUUGGGGGAGCGACUUUGGGAAGGUAAUGUUGAACAACAAACUCCAACCUUUAAUUUACUCGUAUUACUUUUUCUUUAUACUUGCUGUUGCAUUCUAUUACACCCUCAGUCUGCAUUUUUUUCAGAAUCUUAAACAUCACUUAUGUAGGAAAAUAGCAUACCAACAGUGGAAUGGGAUAUACUAUACUUUGACCUAUUAUUCUUUAACCUAUACUAUACUCAGACCUUGCAGUUAUUAUUAUACUCCGUAAUUCUUUAACCUAUUGCGUAUACUAUUGGGAUCGAUUCAUGUUAGUUGACCCCAAAAUCUUUUGGGAAUAAGGCUUAGAUGUUGUUAAACCUAUUACGUAUACUUUGACAGGUUGCAACCAGGCUUACAUACUAAAGUUUGACAAGAACUCAGUUAUCUACAAAGUGCCAAGUGUCAAGUUAGAUGGAGUUUUCGGUCAGGAGGAGCCGCGGAUGGAGAUUGAUCCAAAAGAGAUUAUUUGUGAAGGGAAAGAGACAUGCAAACACUAUAUAAAGGACUUUCUGGCGGCAAUUCCAAUUAGAGAGCUGCAGGAAGACAUCAAUAGAGGUCUAAUGAUAUCAGUGCCACUGCAUCACCGGCUUCAGAUUGAAUUUCACUAUACUGCGCAUUCCCAACAACCGUCUGCCUUUGCUGCCGUGAUGGAAGUGGCAGCCACUGCAACCGCAGCAGUAGUAGAAGCGGCUACCACCACAGCGCCGGCAGGUGUGGAAACUGCAACUCCUGCUGCUGCGUCACAGCUGGUUGAAGUUGCAUUAAAUGAAGUUGUUACAUGAACUUCUGAAUAUAAUUUUUCAAAGGUUUACGGGCCAAGUUGGGCCCGACUCAAGAAGAAAGAGAGGGAAGUUAUCAGUUUUCCUUUUUGAGGUUUUUUUUAGGUUUCAUGAGAGGCCACAGAUAAGGUGUGCUGAUAAAGGUUCUUAUGCUGUUAUGCAGCGACCAAGUAUCGAUAAAGGCCACAGAUAAAGGCCCUUUUGGUCAUCAGUUUGUGUCUGUAGGGAUUCACAGCCCGAGCUGUAUUUUUUUAGUUGAAGGCACAAGUGUAUAACUGUAUAUCAGUUUCUAACCUCUUCUAUUGGAAUUAUUAUUAACAAAUCUAACAA